GGUCUUCUCAUCUGCAAAUUAUUUGUGAAUCUUUGAGAGAAAGAGGAAGACCACGAUCAGAUCGAACCAAGAGAGGGAAACCCUAAACGUAGAAUCGUGGGUUCCUUUCCUUUUUUUCUCUGAAGAUGAGUGAAGAAGGGAAGAGCAGAGGAUUCGUGGGUGGUGAUGACCAGCAACAACAACAACAAUAUGGAACAUUUCAAGGUGUUCCCAGUUAUCCUCAGCCUCAGACGGUGAUCGGAAUCCCUCAGCCGGUUCCCCCGCCGGGUGUGGGUUCCCCUUAUCCUUCUGCUCCUCCUUACUACGCUCACGGCUAUCAAGCCGUUCCAGUUUAUGCAGUUGCUGAAGUAAGACCUGUAAGAGAGCGCCACCUUCCUUGCUGUGGUAUUGGUAUCGGCUGGUUAUUUUUUAUCUCCGGUUUCUUUCUUGCGGCCAUCCCCUGGUAUGUUGGAGCAAUCAUACUGCUUUGUGUCAGGUCGGUAGAUUACAGAGAGAAACCUGGUCUCAUCGCUUGUACCGUUGCUGCUAUUCUCGCCGCAAUUGCUGUCUUUCUUGGUCUAACGAAGGGAACUCAUGACUGGUGAUCCCCCCCGAGGAAGGUUCUACAGAAAAAAUAGAUGUGUACAUUAUACACUGAAUUCUGAAAUAAUCAUUUUGGUGUUGUUAUUAUUAUUAUUAUUUUUCCCAUCUGAUCUUUUGUGCAGGAUUCAAUUUGUUUAAAAAUACUCUAUACUCUCAAAAGUGAUCAUGAAGUUAUCUGGCGUCUGUAUCAAUCUAUACAACAAAUGCUUCUAUGUACGAAACUGCAAUAUAACUUUUUUUAUUUUGUGGA